AACCCCAGAACAACAACAUCUGCCGGCGAUGCGUGAGAAAUUUUUGCAUGUCUGGGCAAGCCACAGGAAGCUCGCAAGCAGCCUGCCACAAAGGGUACACAAAGAGCCCUGAAGUGGCACAGUUUGAGCUUCCACGACGCCGAGAACGAUGAUGAUGACGACGAUGUCUGUCAAGAGGCCACUCAUAUAUUUGCAACAACUCGAGUGGCUCCGUCCAGAUCGAACUUGGAUGGGCAGGGUGGUUUCCUCCGGCCUCCGCCGCUGAUCCUCCCGUGGUGCUGCGGUGUGCACAUAAGCACUCAAGUGUCCGGAAUACUGGGCUCGGCUCCUCAGGAACGGCAGCAGAUUGUCGCAAAUUCGUUUUGGGGAGAGCAAAUUGUUUCGUUUUCGAGUUUAGCUACUCGGCGAUGUGUGAAAAUUGUUUUUUUUUCCCCCGACUGUGAUCUUUCGGGGAAUACUCGUAUAUUAAUAUUCAUUGUGGCUUGGAUUUGAAGAUCAUCUACUUCCUGACACAAUUAAAAGCCAUCGCAAUUAAGGGAAUUCGUUUCGAAAAGGUCAUUGUGGGAUUUCCUUCGCCGCCAUCAUAUUCAGUUUUCAAUCUGGAUGAAAAGGAAAACUCGGGCUCUCCCAGAGCUCGAGUAAUUACCACGCGGCUUGUGUCAAUCAAGGGAACUGUUUCAUCGUGGGUAGUUUUAAUUGAAUAUUACAAGAGGGAUGUGCAUUAAUAAGGAAAUCAAUUUAAAUCUCAGUCGCUGGCAUGAGAAAAACUAAACUCGAAACUCUAAAAAAUCUGCGGGCGUAGGAUCCGAUCCACGAUCCAUGGACCAAUCGGUGGUGCAAAUCAGGGUGAAGUGUCUAACGACUGUUAUGCCGAACCCAAAUCCAGAAUAGAACUCGAAAUCUAUCAAUGAAGCAAUAAGUUUCAAUUGAAUUGGAGUUCAGUAAUUAAAGUACAAGGUCAUGAAUUACCGGAUUGAAAGAGCGCGGAAUCGUUGGCCUAAUCUUCUGUUUAUUUUGAUACAAACUUCGACCAACACGAAGGCUAAUCUUGGCCAAGUAAUAAUCGAUCAAGUUAUCUAUAAGUGGAUUUUGAGAUAGUCAUACCCAAAGAAUUUGAAACCGUGCGAAACCUGCAGUUCCGCUGAAAUACUCGUAAUAUGCGGGUGCGCACCACCAAAACGGGGGAAAACUAUUAAACUAUUGCGAAAACUCUGAGAACCACGCAAGAUUUCUAACUAUUCCCACAGAGAAUUGUUGUUUGAAAACCCAGAAUGGCUUGUCUACUUCCGAUUUUCUGCAUUCUUCUAGUAAUUUUAAUAGGUUUUACCAGUAGUGUUACUUUCGUUGGCGAUGAUCCAGUGGUAGAGCUCUCCUUGGGCAAAAUACAAGGUGGUACAAUGCAGAGCUUCACAGACAAGACAAUAUACGCCUUCAGAGGAAUACGAUAUGCCCAACCUCCAGUGGGGCAUUUAAGGUUCUCCAAUCCCCUUCCUGAAAGUAGCUGGGGUGACGAGGUGCUCAAGGCCACAUCCGAUUCGUUGGUUUGUCCACAACCAGGAAUUACCUUGUUCAUGAGUGAGGAUUGCCUCAAACUAAACGUUUUUACAAAGAAUUUUGAGGACAGGCUUCCAGUGAUCGUUUACAUCCAUGGAGGAGCCAAUGUCCUCGGAAGUGGAAAUAGUAUCUACGAAGCAGGUCCUCAGUAUUUGCUAGAUCACGAUGUGGUUUUUGUGGCCUUUAACUAUCGUCUUGGAGCUCUCGGCUUUCUAAGCACCAACGGCAGCGAAUCGAAGGGAAACUUUGGCUACCUAGAUCAAGUGAUGGCUUUGGAAUGGGUAAGAGAUCACAUAACCCACUUUGGGGGUGAUCCUGAGAUGGUGACUAUUUUGGGUAUGAGUGCUGGCGCAAUGGCAGUCAGUCUACACCUGGCCACGCCUCUUUCCGCCGGACUUUUUCAUCGGGCAAUCCUCAUGAGCGGUUCGGCCACCAAUCACUUUGAUAUCGAUAACCUUUUUUGGACACGUAAACUGGCUCGUGAGCUGGGUUGUCCAAUGUACGAUCCCACGGAUCUGGUGGAGUGCCUCCGUAAUGAGACCUGGCCACGCAUUGUGGCAAUCUGCAAGGCAUGGGAAACAUAUCAGCUUGUUAACAUGAAGUGGAACUACGAGAUCGACGGAUACUUUCUACCCAGGCACCCCACGGAACUUAUCGAGGAGGGAAACUUUAACAAGGUGCCUUUGCUGAUCAGUUACACGGCCAACGAAUUGGACUACACCGUUAAUGUUCACUUGGAAAAUGAGCCUUUACUCCAUGAUCUUGGCUCAAACUUUGUGGAAUACGCUCCAGAGUUGUUUCUCUAUAGAAAAAAUUCAAUAAUAGGUCAACGACUCAAGGAUUUUUACCUAGGCAAUAAUAUUAGUGGAAUCAAUACGGAAAACAUUCAAAACUUUGGACAGAUCUUUUCUGAUGCAAUCAUAGGCCAUGGUGUGCAUCGCCUAGUCCACCUGGCCAGACACUAUACUCCAGUUUAUUAUAUGCGCAUGGAUUACGUUGGUGAUCGAAGUAACUCAGCUCCUUUGGGCAAGGAUGAAAAACCCUUGGGAGUGGGUCAUGCGGAUGAUCUGCAGUAUGUAAUGCCGGGUCUUUGGUAUGGCACCAUAAUGCCUGAAGGUCAUCAGGAUAUUUUCAUGAUGCAGCGUUUAACCAGCUGGUUUACACAAUUUGCGAGAACAGGAAAACCCCUAAACAUCAUUGAUAUCUGGCCGCCCUGCAACUCAACGGACCUGAGGAUGCUCUACAACGGGGUGGUGACCCAGGUGGGUUCACCCGGCUAUUCCGAUCGAUAUGCCGUCUGGGACGAACUGUUUCCCACGCCCGCCGGGAGCGGAGGCGCUGCCUGGAAACCCAGUUUCGUAGUGGCCAUCGCCACUGGUGUGGCCUCCCGGCUCUUCGGAAAAUUAAUGUAGCAAUUAGGUGUGGAAAAAGCUUAU